AUGUCCGAGGCUGCCGCGCACACAUUGCGAAAGAGGAAAAGGGAAGAAGGGUUCUACUCACAGAAAUCUCAAGAGAAGGCGCAAUGGAGUGGAUAUUCUUCCAGUUCAGCAGCGGGUCCGGCAAUAUCUUCUAGCACUCGCGUUACCAAGAAGCGUGGUAAAGACAAAGGCAAAGUCAAAGUCAAAGGCAAAAAGAAGGUCAAAGUCCGAAAGUCCCAGGAUGUUGCUGCAGCUAAGGAUGUUGCCCCAGCUAAGGAUGUUGCCCCAGCUAAGGAUGAUGCUCCGAUUGCACCUGAGCCGGAGUUGACCGCUGCAGAGCUUGCGAAGGAUGUCCAGGUUUCUUAUGUAGAUACACUUCCAGCACCGCCAAAACGACCUGCAAAGCAAACAUGGGAGCGUCCCAAAGAUCCCAUUACAGAUAGACUGAAGGCGCCUAAAGGAUGGACCUCCGACGAGAUUGACUUGGAUCCUGAGGAUUUGGACGCUCAAAUUCAAAGAUGCCGGGAGCGAAUGAAAGAUGAUAUCUUGAUCGACGUCUACGAGUGGAAACUGGAGGGUUUCUUAAAAAAGAAGGAAAAGCGCGAUGCAAUGAUGGCCAAAGAGCCCGGCCUCAGUUGGCCUAUCGUACAACGGCUCGAGCAACUUGAGUUCAUUUUGGACUGGCUUCGGAAAGAAAAUGAUCCAUGCCAACUAGUCAGCAAUGUGCAAGCAAUCAUGACAGCAUAUCGGUCUGGCCAGUUAACCUGGAACCCGGGCUUGGUUACCUAUUGGUCGUACGGAACGAAGUUGUGUCAGCCAAGGCCUUUCCGCUGGCAUGAAUUCAAUAUGAUCAAUGAAGAUCGAAAGGGUCAUACGGGCUUCUGGGUAGAAGGGCUGCACGGUCCUGAACCUAUGAAAACCAAUCUCAGUGGUAUAACCUUGGAUGUUGCGUCUGACUCUCUUUUCCGCGCCGAAGUAAAAAUGUUGCUCCGAAUUCGUUCUACAAACCAAUUUCUAACAUACAGAUGCUUUGAAUUCCCAUUUUGUUUUGAUACUGGGGCUGAUAUAAUGUGCAUCUACGCUACUGAUGUGGAACACCUCCUCAAAAUAAACAAUCUCCCAGACGCUAUCGUCGACCAGCCUGCUCUUCUUGGAGUCGUGACCCGGAUACUGGGCGAUGGGUCCUUCAGCGCAGCCGUUGUGAGGCAAUUUCAAGUCAAUUUACUCGAUUACAACGGCAGGGAGUUGAGCACCUGGGAUGAUAUCCAGGUUUCUAUAAACAAAGGCGAUAUUGGUCAACAUGGUAUGAGAUUGGACGGGCCUUGGUCUCGUCAGAGACUAUACACAACAAUAAUCCCCAAUGGCACAAAGCAGGUGCAUCUGGCUGAUCACGCAAUACAAGUGCCCGUGGCAACACCGGCACAAGUUGCUCAACCUAUGACAUAUAUGCCACUGGACGCACCUACUGCUAACAUAAAUCCAAAGCUCCCAGCUGGUGAAUAG